AUGUCGUCCGAACAGGCCUUCGGCGUAACGCCUCCAAUUUCCGUCCAGCUUCCAACUGAGGCAGAGUUGCGCCAGUCUGAUGCCCUUCUGGAAGAACUCAAACGUCAAAAGACAUUUGAGAGCCCGGCAGAGACAGCCAAAAGAGAAGAAGUCCUAGCCUCGAUUCAAAUCAUUUGCGAUGCGUUCGUCCGCCGAGUCGCCGAAGAGAAAGAACCCAAGAACGAAGUCCUCAUCCGCAAUGCGAGAGGCAGAGUCUUCACCUACGGCAGUUAUCGACUUGGUGUUUAUGGUCCCGGCUCGGAUAUCGAUACCCUAAUCGUCGCACCCAAAUACGUAACCCGUGAAGACUAUUUCAAACAUUUUCCAGAUUUGCUGGUCUCGAUGGCUCCCAAGGACGCAAUCACUGAUAUGGCUGUUGUGACCGAUGCGUUUGUGCCUAUUAUCAAGUUUGAGUACUUUGGCAUCAGUAUCGAUCUGAUUUUCUCCAGGAUCAUCCAGAAACAAUUGGCACCGGACUUCAAGGAUCUCAAGGACUCGGGCUUGCUGCGCGGAUUGGAUGAAGCAGAGCUGCGGUCUCUCAACGGCACGCGAGUAACGGACGAGAUUCUCACCCUUGUACCAGAGCAAAGCACCUUUAAAAACGCUUUACGGGCGAUCAAACUAUGGGCGCAACGCCGCGCCGUGUAUGCCAACAUCAUGGGCUUCCCUGGUGGUGUAGCAUGGGCCAUGCUUGUCGCGCGCGUCUGUCAACUUUAUCCCAAGGCCACACCUGCAGUCAUCGUCAAUAAGUUUUUCCUAGUCAUUAGCCAGUGGCGCUGGCCGCAACCUGUUCUUCUCAAACCAAUUGAGGGUGGUCCUCUGCCCGUUCGUGUUUGGAACCCCAAGCUAUACAAGGGUGACACGUUUCAUCUCAUGCCAGUCAUCACUCCCGCCUAUCCUUCAAUGUGCGCCACCUUUAAUAUCACCCGUUCGUCCAAGACAAUCAUCAAUCGAGAGCUUAAACGAGCUCUCCAGAUCUCGGAGAGCAUCAUGGUCGGCACACGCCCUUGGAGCGAUCUCUUCGUUAAACAUUCGUUCUUCACAACCGGUUACAAAUACUACAUCUCCGUGGUGUCUGCUGCGAAAACAAAAGAGUCCCACACAAUUUGGUCCGGCUAUGUCGAAUCCAAGGUUCGAAUGUUGGUACAGAAGCUCGAGCAGCAUCAGUCCAUUGCUCUGGCCCAUCCUUUCAAUAAGGGUUACGAGCGACAACACCGAUGUCAAAACGAGAAGGAAAUCGAAUCUGUGCAGGAAGGUAGCCUUGACUUCUUGUAUAAGGGAGACGCCGCGGAACCUACCAUUAUCAAGAUCGAGCCUGCGGUUGCCGAAUUACCAAUCAAGACUGAGAAUGGAGAGGACGACAAACCCAUCAAAGCUGAGAAUGGUGAGAAUGGAAUGACUGUCAAAUCUGAAACUGCAGAAGAUAAUGGUCCCAUCACCGCUGAACCCAUCAAAUCUGAGACACCCAACGAUUCUAAACCUUCGGAAACACCUGCGGUAAGCGGUGCGACUGAUGUUUAUACGACUACACAUUACAUCGGUCUGGAGCUGGCCGCUGGCGCCAAAUCACUUGAUCUAUCUUAUCAGGUUGAAGAAUUCAAAGAACUCUGCACCUCUUGGCAAAAGUACAAGGAUGAUUUGAAGGAUGUUGUGUCUAUCGGUAUUCAACACGUUCGAAAUUUCAACCUACCAGACGACGUAUUCGAGGACGGCGAGAAAAAGCCCCAGAAAAAGUCUGCAGCUAAGGGCGCGGCAAACAACAAGAAACGCGGACCCUCAGAGGAAACGCCGCCCCCUGCAAAGAGACAGCAAUCUUCAAUUGCGGCCGCGGGCUGA